GCCGUUUGGUCAUACGUCGAUCUACGUAUCCCUAGUUUAAUCAGAAAAAACAAACAAACCAAAAACAAGGACAUCCAAAGCAAAAUAAAAUGGGCAAAAAGGAAGAAAAAUCCGAACAUCAUCACAAGACACAUCGAGAUAAAUCUCGCAAGAAACACAAACAUCAUCAUAAAUCUUCCUCCUCCUCCUCGAAGCACAAGAAAUCGGAAAAGCUGGAGUCCAAAACAAUUAAAACAACAGCGCCAGAAGAAAUCGCGACGGCACAAAUUGUCGAAGAAGACAUUAUUGUGGAUGAGAACUUCUCACAAGAAAUGGCAAUGAAUGAAUCCUCAUCCCUCGUCUACGAUGAGGAGAAUGUUGACAUAGAAGUGGAAGAGGUAACGCUCGAUUGUAGUAUGGAAGAGACUAAAAUUGAAGAAGAAACUGGACAAGUCAUAGAGAAAGUGGAAAAGGUCAAGAAAACGAAUAAAAAACCGGACAAUGCACCACAGACGCCCACCAACAAACCGUCCACUUCGGCAAGUGCGGCGGGUGUUAAUGCCAAAAAAUCAAAGAAAAGGCGGGAAAGCGGUACAUCCAGUGAAGAGGAACGUUGGCUGACGGCCAUUGAAUCUGGCAAAUUGGAGGAAGUGGAAGAUGUUGAACUGCGUAAAAUUAAAGAUCCCAAGUUGAUGACAGCCCGUCAAAGAGCCAUGUAUGAUCGCAACAAUGAUGUUGAGUCAGCACCGGGUUUCACGGAAACCCUUAUUGCCCUACCCACAGGCUACAAGGAAAAAGAGAAACCACAAACAGCCGAGGAAAUACAAAAAGCUGCCCUAAAGACGCUAAAACGCAAACAACAAGCCGACGAAAAACGUGAAAAAGACAAAAAGAAAACCAUGGAACGUCUGCUCAAGAAGCAGGAGAGUAAAAAUCGUUCAUCUGCCAAACCAAAAAAUGUCAAAGAAGCCACUCCUGUGAUAAGUUAUAAAAAUACCGCCGAAGGUGGUUUCAUACACCUACCCGUUGGCGUUGAUUUCCCGCUCAAACCCCAACAGCCAAAGGAGCCACCGCCAAGACAACUUUGCGGCAUGCCCGGUUGUGGACAACCAAAGGUAUACAAUUGUUCAAAAACUAAUAUACCGUUAUGUAGCUUUGCCUGCUAUCGUAAGAAUGUACAAUCGCUUAAGGAAAUUAUGUGUUAAGUUAUGAAUAAGGGUGUGAAAUGAAUUCAAAAUUGAUUUGCAAUAGGGGCAUACAUUUUUCAAUAACAAGCAAAAUACCAAGAGAUGAUUAGAUGCCGCCUUAA